AGUGCGGUGGUGGUUGUGGUAGAAGAAUAGGUCCGCAUUUCUAAGUCAGUUCCACGCUGCACUCAAAAGCUUUGGCUGGAACGACGAGACCUUGAGAAGACAUUCUGUCUACUCGUAGAUGGGCGGACUCGUGGCGGCCCGUCGAGGCACACCUCAUCGCAAUACUUAAGAGUUCAUUCAGACUCUGGCUAUCAUAGCGUUGACGUCACCUGGUGCCACACGAUCGAGGACGAAUUUAGUAGCCUGCAUAUGGCCAAAUCGCCACUGGCGAGCCCUCUUGCUUAUCAGAGGAUUUCGUCUCACUUCCCCGGGAGCAGGAGGGCAGGGAAGAGAAGUUCUCUACAGGAUUACACCGAACACGUGCAGGAGGUGCUUCUUUCUCUUCCUGUUGUGAAAAACGCUGACGAGUUGAUUUACUCGUUUCAAGGCGGCGGCGUAACAGAUACGAAGAUGUCAAGAUGAGAAGCUCGAAUUUCACGAGGUAAUGCGGAAUCGUCUGCAGCUUCGGGUCGUGACACGUGUAUCUGAAAACUUCCAAAAUCUGCAAUCAACUGGUCUUCGAAGGGUGUUGUCCAUAGCCAGAUUGUUGGGACUUUACAUGCUCGUCUCAAGAAAACUGAGGACGCGAUGUUUCGGCCUAAAGUAAAAGCACAUCUGCAAUAUUUCUUCAAUCAGGGAUAAUUGUUGCUUCUGUCAAAAGUACAAACCAUCGGAUGAACGCUGGAGGAAAAUGUUGCACAAAAUGCAUCUGGCGUGAUAGCUUAUUGAUCACGAUCUCUGCUGGCAGCCGAUAGCUUAUUGAUCACGACUGCAGAGCAAAUCGUGUAGUCUCCUGCAGGUUGUUGAGCGCUAAUUUGUUCACUCGUCUGAUGACGAGACUUUCGUCAAUCAACUCCCUUCAAGUUGAGGCUUAUACGCAUAAGGUGGUCAAUACACUCAGUCAGGGAAUCUUUCCUCCCAGAAGAGCACUCAACUAUGACGAAGACAUUGGACUCAGUCAUGCUUCGACACAUUUGUGUGUUUGAGUGGCAAUGCCACUCAAGGCAACAAAGGAGAAAGGUGUUACUUCGACUUCGACCUCGUCAAGAUCAGGAAGCACCACCGUCACCCUGCAGUCUUUGCUAACAAAAUGCACCUUUCUUGAAGUUACUGCACAAGGGAUACUUGUAAAACCGAUUAUCUUAUUAAUAUAAGACUAGAAUCUCUAUCGACGUUAAACAGGAGUAUAACCAUGUUCGAGUCUGUGCAGUGGUCUCAAAGUUCUCUUCUCGAUGUUGUAGUUCGACUCGAAGCGAGCAUCGCUACGUUGUGUAAGUUUGUUUUAGAUGGUGAAAACGACGAAGAGCUCAAGCAGCCAGGGUUUCCCUGAGGGAGACGAUACAACUCGAGAACAAUUGUCGUUCACAUUGUUUCAACUCUGGCAGCUGUUUGGAUAUAUACCAGUACAUCUACACAAAAAACGCUGACUACUUAUCUGGUGAUUAUGGAACUUACCUCAUCUGUUUCUGUAUAAGAUGAUCUUUCCUCUCUAGACUUCAUUACAUGUUACAGCAGGUUACAAAUGAUAAAGCAGCGGGAUCGGAUGAACCCUCUGUUUCUUCAAAAUGAAUCUGAGCUUUCUUCGGUGAGAUAAGAUCACCUUCUUAUGGCAUGUGUACGCAAUGGCCUCGUUGAGCACGCCAGUUGGUUUCCAAUUUCAGCACACCAGGGAUUGCCUCACUCCGCCUCUGGCCCUUAUAUUCCGGAGAAAAGUUACGCUGUCAUAGACGCUGACAGCCACAAAUUUGGAAAGCUUGAAGAUACAGGCAGUACUUGAUCGAUCGAUCCAUGAACUUCGGUAGCUCUAUUGAUGUCAAAUUGACGUUAUUACUGUAAUAGUUCCUAAGAACGACUAAGAACCUGGCGAACGCUGAAUCUGUGCAUCUUGAAGCAGGUUGAAAAACAUCUCGAAUGUAUUGAACAGUAUCAGCAUCUUUGGUCUGCGACCGUUCUCGAAGAACUGGUCUCUGAAAUAAUCAGAGCUCGCAGAUCACCGAAGUCCGUCGAGAAUAGAGAACGAGGACUGUCUCCAUGGCAAUGGAUUGUACAUGAUAAGGAGCGCUCGGUGAAGGAUGGGAUGGGCCGCCAGUCGCAGAGGGAGAGUUUGGGUCAUUGACUGCAAUGAGGCAGGAGGUUGGAGCACAAUUUGGGCUUCAGACUGCAGGGUUGGAGAGAUGAUUGCGAAAUGGAUGGCCUUCAUCUACCUCCCAGUUUUAUAUCGAGUCCUUUGUUGAAGUCCAGUGACAAUGUCGAGAAUCACCUUCGUUUUUUAUGGACAGCCCCUGUAGUCAUGGUUCCAAGUGCACUUAUUCAAUCAUGAGGCCGAAUUUAUGCUAUUUUCUCAGACGAUUUUCAAUGAGCGACGCACCGAUGCAGUGAAUCGUGUUUCAGUGCGUUAUAAGAUUACGAAGUCCAAGCGUGAGAGAGAACCCUGCGUAAGAACAUAGCUUCUUAGUAUGAAUAGAAAGUACAGAUUGCACAAAAUGAUACGAGGAACUGUAAUUUGGUACUCUGCUUUUGGAGAACCAUGUGCGUUGUACAAGCUGUCUCCCACAAUUAGUGUCAAAACAGUAGUCUUCGCUCUUAUGACUAGCGUUUGGAACUUCGGAAACGUGCAUGUUCUUACCAAAUAUCCAGAGCAAGCAAAAUCACCGGGGCAGGUUAUGCCGUCAGUAACGCGUGCUCUUUGCGUUUUUGUUCCUCGGCGGUACGAAUUCAGCUUGUGCUCACCGGUCACACCUCAUACAGGUUUGCGACUUGCUCAUUGCGGUACACUCGUUCACAGGCCGGACACACCAGAAUUCAUUGGGAGGUUGACUGGUGGGAGCUACCUUCCGUCACGAAUGCUACUUGAGGGUCGUUCUCGGUUGAAGGAAUGGAGUCCAACGAGUGACAGGCGCCAUGUUCAGUUUGUUCCAGGUCGCACUGUUCGGAUUUUCAGGUACGAGAAAUUGUAUUGAAGUCUUUGUGUCCUACACUAAUUUGUUCAGUUUGAGUUAUUUUUUCGUCUGAGUCUGAGGGGAUUCGGACAUUGUGCAACGUCCGAGGCACGUCUUUGCACGAUUAACUGAUCAUAAUGCUAGAUCCAAGCGGUGGAGCACAGAAGUCAACCGAGGGAAGUGGCCCGUGACCUCUAGAGAGGAAAUCUGCUUUCAGCCUGCGGCUGAACAACAGAGGGAGGGAGGAAAUCCAAUUAGCAUUGGAAGUGUAAAUGGAUCAAGGGAAGCUCCAGCCAUACCAAAGCUCAUAUGAUACUGCCACCAGGCUACGAGUUCUCAGAGUUGGUGCUUAAGGUUUUCCCCAAGAUGCUUACAAGUUGAGACUACGCAAUACUUACUUCGAAAACAUCUGGGCAACGGAGGGCAAGUGAGGGCCUGGAAGCUGGACUAGCGUUACCCCCUGAUGUUAGGAGUGAACCACUGCUCCAUUUUGGUUCGCGCACCACUUUUGCACAGGAAGUGGCAAGAAUCCGAAUCUCGGUAAACUGGAAAAAGUUGUCGUGUGACGAAUAUCUGUGACGAUUGGAACGCUCUACACAGGGAGUUGCUUGCUACUCUCGAAUCGAGUAUUUUAUUCGUAGCUCUCGUAGUAAUGGAGGUCAUGGAGCGGCACAAAUUCAAAGACUGACCAAAGUAGAUUCAGUCGUUGCAUAAACCAAAAUGAGGAGCAGUAUGCACUAAUUGAUGGCGGAACACGACGUUGGUCAUGUCGUAACACGCGUCGGACAUGAAAUGUGCGCGGAGCAGUUCUGCUGGUCAGAAUGAUCUCAAAGUUUUCAAAAUUUGGAGAAAUAGUUCGAAUGGAAAAUUCUGAGGAUGGGAUAGUGGUCCUCCGUGGAUACAAUUUCAGGCAUCAGAUUCAUUUGGGGCACGAUGUGAGAUUAAACUGUGCAUAUGGUCCAGGUUUCUUCUCUUAAAGGGAGUUUAUUGCCUACAUUCCUUAUACUGAUUUGCAGCAUUGGUCGGAUGGUCACAAUAACUACAUGACAUAAGUUGUGAAAUAAUGUCACACACAAACCAUUUUGUGCUCCUAUCCUCCAGUUGAAUCUCCGGAUGGUGAGCUUUCCGCCUUCAUUUCACAGGAUUUCAAAGUCGCAAGUUAUCGAACCCGGGAGAGAAUUGCGGAUCGGUGUCCUUCGAUCUUGC